AUGGUUCUCGCGGACGUGCUGAAGCGAUGGCAACAAAUCAAGGGCAAGGGAACCUUUUUCCUUACAGGAACUGACGAGCACGGCAUGAAGAUCCAACGAGCGGCCGCCAAAGAGGGAAUAGCACCCAAAGAAUUUUGCGACAACUACUCGAACAAGUUUCGAGAGCUGGCCGCUGCUGGUGAUAUUUCCCACGAUGCUUUCAUUCGAACAACGGACUUGGAGCACAAGGAAGCCGUCAGUGAGUUUUUGCUGCAGCUAAAACACACUCUGCCGGAACAUUUGGGACUCUACAAAGGAACACAUGAAGGAUGGUAUGCUGUGAGCGACGAAUGCUUCUAUCCAGAAGAUUUAGUGCGGCCAGACAUUGUACCCCAGACAGGAAAGAAGAUUAUGGUUAGUGACGAAACAGGAAGCGAGGUGGAAUGGGUCAAGGAAGAAACCUGGUUUUUUCCAUUGACAAAGUACAAGGAUGCUCUUUUAAAAUUCUAUGACGAGAAUCCCAACUGGAUAACUCCAGCACAUCGGAUGAACGAGGUUCGCAACUGGGUUGAAAAUCACUUGGAGGAUUUAUCGAUCACGAGGCCUGCGGCUCGGUUAAGUUGGGGCAUCCCGGAUCCUGAGGACCGUAGCCAGACGAUAUAUGUUUGGGUUGAUGCGUUGAUCAAUUACAUUACUCAGGCAGGCUACGGCAGGAAAUGGCAUUCUUCAUCGGAUAACAUGGGACUCUGGCCCGCGGAUUUGCAAAUUAUUGGAAAGGAUAUUCUGCGAUUCCAUGCCGUAUACUGGCCAGCUCUCCUCAUGGCCCUAAAUUUACCUCUUCCCAAGCAGUUACUCUGCCAUAAUCACUGGACCAUGUCCAAUCGGAAAAUGUCUAAAUCACUUGGCAAUGUGGUCAACCCCUUUUUUGCUGUGCAACGUUGGGAUAUUGAUCCUUUGCGAUACUUUCUCAUGCGAAACGGAAGCUUUACCAAGGAUAUGAGUUACUCAAAUCAGCUGAUUGGGUCAGUUUACGCCAAAGAGCUGCAGGCGAAUAUUGGCAAUCUUCUUUACCGAAUUGCCCGACCAAAGGUUACUUCAAAAUGGUCGACUCUCGAGGCGGUCACAGCAUUCCGCCAGGGUGCCUUUGAGGAAAUUCGUGAUCACACUUCGCAGCAGCCCUUUCUUAGCCUGGACGAUCAUUUGGAGAAGAUUACUUCCGCAUAUUACGAGGAGAUGGAGAAGUACAACACUGGAGGCGCUAUUCGCGAAGUUUUCAAUCUUCUUCGUGAGACAAAUCGCUACGUUUCGGAUACGGAACCAUGGAAUCUAGUCAAGAACUCGAAUCCACAAUCCCGUAUACUGCUUAAUUUGGUUAUCUACAAUUGCGCGGAGGCCUUACGUAUCGCUGGCAUCCUGCUGCAACCAAUCAUGCCUACCAAGGCAUCCUUGCUGCUGAAUGAACUUGGAGUUAGGGAAGAUCGACGCACUCUUGAGUUUGCUUCUAAGGGCAAGGACCCGGAAUACGGCACCGAAGCUCAGACGGGAGACUCAGCAGCUAGAUUGAAGAAAUGGGACACGAUUUUCCCCCCAACACCAAACGCGAAUGACUCAGACGCUGAGAUCAUGGAACAACUGAGCUCGGCACUGCAUGACAAAACAAAGAAUAAAAUGAAUCAAGUUGCGGAGCUCCUAGCUAUGGAAGCCCGCAUGGGAGAAGAGGCUGUGGCCAAAAUUACCAAUAAAGUGCUGCUGGUCCCGUAUGAAGCUCAUCAUGUCGGGAAAUACCACGAAUGGAUGGGAGAUCCGGCAAUUCGAGAAGCGACAGCUUCUGAACUACUGACUUUAGAAGAGGAAUACGAGAACCAGCAAUCCUGGCGAACUGCCCACGAAAAACUCACAUUCAUAAUAUGUGAAGCACUGCCCACGGCAGACCGAGCAUCGCCAUCAAUCAAGGCGAAAGUGGUGGAUGCAGAUGACCGCAUGAUUGGAGACAUCAAUUUCUUUAUUUACCAAAAUGAUGAUCCUGAAGAAACCUCACCAAACCGAAAGGCCAAUGCCGCCUUGAGAGGGGAAAUCGAUGUCAUGAUCGCAAACACAAAGCAUCGAAGGCAAGGAUUUGGAAGUGCCUCAGUACAAGCCUUACUGAUGUAUUUGCGCGAAAAUAUGAAACACAUACUGAAGGAGUAUGCAUGUAGUCUUAAACUUGGACAAGUUGACCUGGCGGAGCUCAUGGUCAAGAUUCAAGAAGGAAACAUUGGCAGUAGAAGAUUAUUCGAGAAUAUGGGUUUUAAACAGGCUGGAGGUGUGAAUUAUUUCGGCGAGGUCACGUUACUAGUUUCGUGGGCGAAGGUCGAGAAACUGGUUGAUGAAUGGUUGAGCUCGGGUGAGGUAUAUCGAGAGGUCAGGUAUGAAAUUUCAUAG